UCAAGAUGGCGGCUUACGCGUUGCCUUUGGCUACCAGAUGUAUAUGUAGAUAUUUACUGAAAAACACUUCCAUAAAUUAUUAUACAAUUUAUUAUCCUUCUCUCUACAAUGCCAAAGGUUACACUACAACAACCGGAGGUCCUUCAGCAUCACCAACCACCUUAAAGUCAGCUCCCUCAGAAACGUCCUUCAAAACGAUUGUGCACUAUGAAGAUCUGGUCCGUGCUGGUUCUCUGAAGGAAGACACACAGCAAAGAGAUGCUCUCCAUAAGCUUGGCCAGCUGCAGACAGUCCUCCAGGGGUAUUCUAACAGUGUCUACCUGAUACCGCCAGAGUCAAAGGGUAAAGAGGGAGAACAUAAGCAAACAAAGGGAAAGGACCCCAAACUGAGCAGAACUCAAAGUGAAGGAGAUGCUGGUGCAGAGGAGGAAGAGUCCCUUCCACCCCCUCCCCCACCCAGGGGAUUCUAUAUCCAUGGAGAUGUCGGCACGGGGAAGACCAUGCUGAUGGACAUGUUUUACGCUAACAUGGAACACAGUCGUAAGAAGAGGGUCCACUUCCAUAGCUUCAUGCUGGACAUCCACAAAAGGAUCCAUCGCAGCAAACAAAGCCUGCCUAAACGGAGGCUGGGGAAAAUGUUCACCUAUGACCCCAUCUCGCCGGUUGCCAUGGAGAUCAGCAGUGAAACUUGCAUCUUGUGUUUUGAUGAGUUUCAGGUGACUGACAUAGCUGAUGCAAUGAUUCUGAAGCAGCUGUUUGAGAUCUUGUUCAGGACUGGAGUAGUGGUGGUGGCCACUUCCAACAGACAGCCUGACGAUCUGUACCGAAACGGACUUCAGAGAGACGCCUUCCUGCCUUUCAUCCACGUGUUGAAGGACUCCUGCCAGUCCAUCUGUCUGGACUCUGGUAUAGACUACAGGAGAAUGGACCGGCCUGCAGCCGAUAAACUCUACUUCCUCACAAGAGAGCCUGAUGCAGAGGCCUUCAUGGAUGUGCUGUUUGAUGAUCUGGCCCUGAUGCAAAACAAUGUAAAAGGACCUACAGUAUUGACCAUGCAGGGCCGGCAUCUGACGUUGGAGAAGACAUGUGGCACCAUUGCUGACUGCACCUUCCAGGAGCUGUGUGACAGACCUGUUGGUGCUAGUGACUACCUGGAGAUGGCUCGGCUGUUUGACACGGUCUUCAUCCGUCACGUCCCCCGGCUGACCCUGACGCUGAAGGACCAGACCAGGCGCUUCAUCACUCUCAUAGACACCUUCUACGACAACAAGGUGAGGGUGGUGUUGCUGGCUGACGCUCCUCUCGGCCAGCUGUUUGUCCACUCAGGGGGGGAGGAUGAGCGUGACCGUCUGCUCCUGGAUGACCUGGGCCUCAGUGGGGACGUAGGGGAGCGUCUGUCUCUGUUCACAGCAGAGGAGGAGAUCUUUGCCUUCCAGAGGACCAUCUCCAGACUGACCGAGAUGCAAACAGAGAUGUACUGGAGCCAGGGGAACCGCAACAAUAGUUAGACAUGCAUGUAGAACUACAAGACGCACGGCCUCUGCUUACAGGGACCGCAUUGAUGAUUCAUACCCCUUUGACAAACUAAGGACUACAGUAACUACGAUCCAUACAUAUUUUGUAAACUUAGGACUACAACAACUAAGAUCCAUAGCUUCUUUACAUAGAGUACAAAAGCCAUGAUCCAUAGGGUUUUUACAAACACAUGGACUGUAAUAACCUUCAAGGGUUUGAAGCAGCUGCCUUUAACCUGUCUGUUAAUCAUAAUCUCGUCCUCUGAUGCAGUAAAACUUGAAUACCUCACAGAACACAGGUAGUAUAAAUGCCACUGGAAAACCACUCCAUCAUAAACUAUAGGUCAGGGCAGACAUGAAACAAGACGUGCAUCAACAACAAAAUCCUCAUCAAUUACGGGUAUGAGUACAGAGAGACAUAAAGUCCCAUAUCAUGCUAAAUGUGAGGUACAGACUUUUGCUAAACAGACUAGAGGGAGAACAUCACCACUGAACAACUGUUCCAUUCACUGUGGAGAACUACCACCACCUAGUGGUGUACUAAGGAAUAACAUCUGAUUUUUUUCAAACCUGAUUUUACGUUUUUCUGGCAACGGAAACACAGGGCCUUAUAGCCUAUGUAAAUAUUUUCAAAAAUAAGGUACAACAUUGUUUGUUUUGGGUUUGCAUACCUGAAGUAGCAUUAUUAGAUGGCUUGUGCAAUGAACGCUGAUUGCCGAAUGCAAAUUGUAAUGUAUGUAUAAUGGUAUGCUACGCUACCUUGUCGUGUGCUUAAACCUAAGUAACUAAGUAAAAAUGAUCAAAGGGA